AGGAGGGAGGGGUCUGUGAGGGCCGGGUUUGUUGGCUUAAGCAGCCUCUGCCCGGGCGUGAGGGCACCAUGGGCAAGCGGGUGGCCUUGGUUCUUGCCGGCUGCGGCGUCUUCGACGGCAGCGAGAUUCAUGAGGCCUCGGCGGCGCUGGUGCACCUCAGCCGCGGCGGCGCGGAGGUGAAGAUGUUUGCCCCCAAUAUUGAGCAAAGGGAUGUGGUCAAUCACUUAAAAGGAAGUCCAACAGAAGAGAGGAGAAAUGUGUUAGUUGAAAGUGCCAGGUUGGCAAGAGGAAGCAUUCAGGAUUUGGCUGAACUGAAAGCUAGCGAAUUUGAUGCGGUCAUUUUCCCUGGUGGUUUUGGUGUAGCAAAGAACCUCUGUUCCUGGGCUGUAGAUGGCAAGAACUGUACUGUCAAUGAGCAUGUGAGAUCCACGCUCCAAGCUUUCCACAGUGCUAAAAAGCCUAUUGGUUUGUGCUGUAUAUCGCCAGUCCUGGCAGCUAAAGUCUUUCCUGGUUGUGAGGUCACGGUCGGCCAAGAUAAAAAUGUAGAUGGGAGAUUUCCUGAUGCUGAAACGGCAUCUGCUAUAGCAGAGCUUGGAUGUAAGCACAUCUGCAAAAACGUAAAUGAAUCCCAUGUGGAUAAAGCCAAUAAAAUAGUUACUACCUGUGCUUUCAUGUGCAAGGCUCCUCUGCAUGAAAUCUUUGAUGGAAUUGGAACAAUGGUACAAGAAGUCCUGAAACUUGCCUGACUAGAAGCAUACAGACUCUGCAAGGAAAUCAAUUCAGCUAAGCAUAAGCACUUAGUGUCCUUUGAUUGUAUUAAUAAAAUAAUGCAACUACUGAACUUCA